AGUAAAUUACCUUAUAUAUAUAGACAGAGAGAAAGGAGAGAAGACAGAGAUAUAUAUAUAUAUAGGACGCUCAAGGUCCCAACAACAAGAAAGAAGAUAAAAGAGAAAGACAAGUUCUCGGCCAUGGCAGAGGAGUUUCAGACCGGGAUUUGCGGCGGCAACUGGUGGAACUUGUCGACCAGCUUGUUCAUGGGUGGAGGAUCAUCACCCUGUUCCACGACGGGGAUUAACGCAGCUGACAUGGGGAAUACAUAUGGGUCGUGGAUGGCAACAGAUGUGAUGGAUUUGAAGCCAAGAUCAUGCAAGCUCGAUUCUAAUAAUAUUAUUAACUGUAAUUCAAUCUCUGAGUUUUUGCAAGAAAAUUCUCAGAAGCCUCAGCAGACUGAUUCUGAUAGUGUUGGUAGUAGUAUUUUGAUGGAUUCCUCCUUGCAAAUGAUGGGUUUUGGAUUGUCAUCUUCUUCAUCAUCGUCCACGGAUUGGAGCCAAACCUUACUACGAGGAAAUGGAAGAGCUGAGUCUUACAAUUCAAUACUGCAAGAAGAGAUGAAUUCUUCUUCUCAAAUCCAAAAAGAUUGGAGUCCAACAGUGGAAGAUUCAUCCAUUAACGGUUUUAAAGCAAUAAAUCAAGAUUUCUCUUUAGAGCAACAAAGCGUAAAUCCUUUAAGCAGCUCUGGGAAUUCUACAGCAACAACUUGCGAGGGCUUAUCCAUAGGAUUUUCAAUGGGGUCAGCAUCUUACGGCUACCCUUCAACUUUGAUACAAAAUUUAUUUGACUCCGAUCCUCAGCCACAGCAAUCUCUUUUUAACAACCGGACCAUCAACUGUUCAUCCACUUCAAAUUACGGGACCAUCUUCAAUGAACCAUCUCCUACUUGGCCUAAACUUGCUCCUUUUCUAGAACCUUCAUUGCCAAAGCAGCAGCCGCCGCCGCCGCAACCUGCAGGUGGCUUGCACUUCUCUAACAAUACACCCUUUUGGAAUUCCUCAGCAACUGCUAUAAAUGAUAUUAGACCCAGUUUUGUAUCCUCUUCUCAACCUCAGUUUCUGGUGCCAACUUUUGAAGAGAAACGCAGUUGUCCUAACCUAAACACGAAGACUAACAAUGAAGAAGUUCGAGACUCAGGAUCAGUGGUUAAGAAAGGAAGUGAACCAGCAUUCAAAAGACCUCGAAUUGAAACACCAUCGCCAUUACCAACUUUUAAGGUUCGGAAAGAGAAGCUAGGGGACCGAAUAACAGCUCUUCAGCAAUUGGUUUCACCUUUUGGAAAGACUGAUACUGCAUCUGUUCUCCAUGAAGCCAUUGAGUACAUCAAGUUCCUCCAUGAUCAAGUCAGUGUUUUAAGUACUCCAUACAUGAAAAAUGGCAAUCCCAUUCAACAUCAACAGGGUUCUGAAAACUUGAAUGAACCAGAAGGGUCGAAACAAGAUCUGAAAAGCCGAGGACUGUGUCUUGUGCCUAUUUCAAGCACAUUCCCAGUAACCAAUGAGACCACAGCAGAUUUCUGGACGCCAACGUUGGGAGGUACUUUCAGGUAGAGAGAUUGAAACCCUAUUUGAAGUGGGGUUUCUACAGAAAGAGUUUAACUUCAAUACAAAAAGAGAAGAUUAUUAGCUGUACCAAGUCUUAAACGAAAAGCUAAAGAAAACAAAGAAAAAAGAGAAAUGACCCUUCAAAGAUGGAGAGGCAAUGCUGGGCCAGCUGCAAACAGAAUGAUGUAGGGCUAGCAAAUGAUUAGUGACUCUUGAAGACAAAUAUAUAUAUAUUUUGUUAGAGAUUUUGUGUUCUUCAUGUAUUAUUUAUAAAUGUAUAGGUAAUUAAAAGGUGGGUUAAGCACAGGAACAAGUGUUAAAUUUAGCUUAAAAAAAUUAACAUUUAUAGUUAAUUGAGAGCUGAAUUUCCUUUUGUUCCUGUGGAUCUGGCAGCUAGCAUACCACCAGCUUUUAAUUUUUAUUGUUGUUGAACAAAAAGAAAAGAAAAAUAAAGGAGAUUAUAUAAUUGUGUUGAUUA